AUGGAUUAAGUAGUUAAAAAGAAGCAAGAAUAAUUGCUAUAAUGUCUUAAAAAGAUAUCGAGUAAACCUCAGACAGAUGAUGAAGAUUAGAAAUAGCAGUUACGCAAAUUCCAAUAGGAAGUGGAAUAAAAGUAUAGGAUGGCUCGUCAUAACAACGAGUAUCGAUUUCCAUAUGAAUAUUAUGAUCAAAGCAGUGACAGUUCAUUAGAAGAACUAUAAAAAGUAGGCACAUAUGAUCUACGUUAAUAAUAUUAAAAAAAAUAAACUAACAGCAAACAUUUACAAUUAUCUAAAGAAUCUAUCAAAGCUAAAUCCUUGAUUAAGAUAAUGUCUGAUAAAUCUAUGAGAGCAAACAGAUAGUCCACUCGAUACAAAACAGAAUAGUAUGAUGAAAAUCAAGUGAGUUACACAGAUGCACUAAAAAAGAAUAAAUCAAUAGAAAAGUAAACAAAUGAAUAAAUAAUUUCAUUCAUUCGGAAAUCUGUGGCCAAACGAUCACAAUAUUCAUAACAUAAUAAUAAUACAUCAAGAUAAUAUAUGAAUUUAUCUUAAAAUAAUCAAAGCCAUAUCAUGUCAUAAAGUUUUAAUGGAUAAAAAAGCAGAACAUAAAACUAUUACCUCAACAAAUUCACAAAAAUGAAAUAAGACAUGUUCAAGUAAUAAAAUUAAACAAGCACAUCUUAAAUGAACUAAGAUUCUAAAAUGUAUCUUAUCUUAAAAUAAUAGAUCAUUAAAAUAUUUCUUCAGCAACAAGAGCCCAGAAUAAUCUAGUACCAUCAACCUAAAGAAUAAGCUAGCAGAAAUGUGUAAAAGAUAACCACUAAAAGUAAUCAAAUGA